AUGACGCGAAUUGCCCACACUGCAGAAAAGCUCUGCCAGAGCUGGAAGAGGUCGCAAAGGCGCUUCGAAAGGAUCCGGUGGACAGAUAGCAUCAUGGGGGCGGAAGGAACAGUUGUGCUUGGGCAUGUGGACUCAACAAGCAACAAGGGCGCUAUGAAAACACGCUUCAACCUGAAGGGUUUUCCGUGCUUGCUCUUCUGGCGUCAGCAACAAGAAUCAUUACAGGAAUUUGUGGGGGCGAGCUUUGUUGUGGAUGCCGACUCUGGUUUCAUCCUGCGCGCCAGUCGCCUGGCAGGGCUCGGCUAUGAAAAGGACAAAUCUCGCGUGGCUUUGGCAGGGCAAGAGGUCACUGUGCGCCAAGCAGAUGAUUUAGACAUGACUGUGCAGGUGGAAACAUCAAAACAGCAGCUGGUCUGGAUACCACACGAGGUGCUCAUUGACAAAGGCCACCGCGUUCCCUACAGGCGAGGAGAAGCUGUUGUGAAGUAUCAGAGCAUGUGGGAGAAGGACAUGAUGCAGGAAUUUGUCGCGCGAGCCACCUUGCCGUUGGUGACUGCUUUGCCCCAUGGGCUGCUGGGUUUCAAGGGCCUUGAAGGUGGUGGUGCCGCGCUAGUCUUGUGCGCUGCUGCGCAGAGUCGGGGCUUCCUUGAGGUGGCGACGAUAUACCAUCAAACAUUGAAAGCAUUCCACGCCUCUACCUGCCCUGAACUUGGCCCAGGUGAUCACAUCCUGAGCUAUUCUCCUCCAUCACUUCAGUGGACCGCGGUGCCUGGUCGAGCCAAAGCCGCUGUAGCCUUUGCUGGCUCUCAGGCCGUGGCCAACGACACAGAAUUGGUCAAUUGGGUGGAGCAGCACCAAUAUCCUGGCAUCACUGCCCUGACGAUCCAAACAGUUCAUCCCUGGCUGAACGCUGGCCGUUCUACUGUGCUGGUAGCUGUGAAGCUUAAGGAUUAUGAGACAAAUACUAUGGUGGAGACGCAGCUCCGGGAGGUGGCCAAGCCAAGAGCGCUGGGAGAGGUGGAGCUUUAUACGUAUGGGCCAUCAGACAGAUAUCUUGGGAUUGCCGAUGGAAGCUUGGAGGGCUUUAACUAUUUUGGUGUGCAGGCUUCCCGUUUGCCUCGCGUUGUUGUUUUUGACGACUCUGACCACUGGGUGGAAGAUGAGCAGUAUCUGACUGUGGAGAGGCUUGCAGAGCAUCUACCUAGGGUGACCGGGAUGUGGAGAAUGAGCAACACAGCACGAGGCCACGUGCUUUGGAUAGCCAAGCAUUUUGUUGGCUUCUACUUGGAUUUGGACCGCAAGGCUGAUGCAUCAUUUGGAAGUGUUGGGCGUUGCUUCGUGGUAUGCCUUUUGGCAGUCUUUCUAUGGGCGCAGGCAAGGGGCAUCCUUUGGCUUGUCAAAGCAGCUAUCAAUAGCUUCUCUGAUGUGUUUGAGAAGGAAGACGUGACGAAAGAGCAAGGGGGUGCAAAAGCGACGAAGAAAGACAAGUAG